GUGCAUCGCGCGUCGUUGGAAGCUGGCUUUACUGGCGGGAGCGCUGAGGACUUGCUCCCACCUUGGGCAUCAGCAAUAGAGUUGUCCGAAGAGAGGGAAGUGGCUGGUAUCGCAGCAGCACAGCGACGAUGGAUGGAAGCAGGCGCAGCUCCGUCUGAGGCCAUCGACCAAAUCGAUAGAAUCGAUGAGAUUGAGGCUGACAGCCCAACUUCGAACUGCGGCACUGGCAGUACUAUGCUGUCCAACGCAUUGAACGCAUUGGCUUCCAAAAGCACGCAGCAAGGCAAGCCAAGUAAACACAUCUUCCCGCCAACCCGGCUUGGCAGCUUGGCAGCUGGCCUACGCUCCCAGAAUGAUUUUGAGCAGGGCUUCGAGGCUGAAUUUGCUACAAGUGGUUUUACGCGGCCUCUAGGUUUUGAGGUGCGGGAUGCAUCCCAUGUAGAAGGCGCUUUUGAAGCUUCUUUUGGUUUGGAAGAAGCUGACACCGUGGAGAGAACCGAAGUCGGCCUGGAUGCAACCUCACGGGUGCUCAUCGCUCAGCUGUCUGAUCUCCCCGAGGAUGAAUUUACAGAGGCUGUCGGCCGCUUCGGGGAGGAGGUCGCGUUGAAGGUGCUCAAACAACGCGGAUUUGAUAUCAUUUGGGUCAACCAAUAUGCAGAAACAGGCUUGCCUUUUGAUUUCUUGGUCCGGCCAAGCAGUACAUGUUCGUUUCCGCCCGCUAUGGCCAAGCUAUGCUCCACAAAAUCCGAGGAGGAGGUGCCUUCCCUCCAAAUGAUUGAGGCGGGCGCACUAGUCAACAGUAUUUUUGGUGGAGGUCAAGACAAGUCUCACAUCAAAUGCUCACACCUUCGACAUCAGCCCAACGCAGUUGUCCAUGGCCAGAUGCCUGGGCAAGCGCUAUUGGCUCGCAGUGGUGAGGAAAGUGUCUGA